AUGGAACGAAACACUGAUACCGGGAUCUCGGUCCUAGUUGUCGGCGGUGGCAUUGCUGGCCUAACGUUUGCCAUUGAGGCCCACCGCAAAGGCCAUACCGUUCAGGUCAUCGAACGGCGAUUUGAAGGGGAGACUUCUGGAGAGGUGAUCGUAAUCACCACCCCAGCCCUACAGACACCAAAGAAAUGGCCAGGCUUCAUGGAGCGGGCAAGGCAAGAAGCCUUUCCACCCGUAUAUAACAUGCGCAAGUUUGACGGGACUCCAAUUGCCGACUUCACCGCGGGCGAUCCCAGCGAUCCUUCUCUGGCUAUAUAUCGCGCAAAGCUGCAUGCGGUGCUAUUCGAGUAUGCCAAGAAUCUCGGAAUCCAGGUCGAGUUCUCAGCCACCGCAGUCGAGUAUUUCGAGAACGAUGAGCAAGGCGGUGUCGUUUUGUCCGAUGGGCGGCGCUUAACGGCGGACGUGGUUGUUGCUGCUGAUGGCGUGGGAUCGAGGUCUUGGGAGCUGGUUGCUGGGAGUCGUGACCCUCCUAUCAGCUCGGGGUUCGUGAUGUAUCGGGUUACGUUCCCUGUGGCGCCGGCGCUUGAGAAUCCGGUUAUCGCGGCUGAAUUCGCGGGGUAUAAGGAUCGUGCGUUUCUGUAUGCAGGGCCCGGGGCACAUAUCGUGAUUUGCAAGUCCGGCGAGGAUGUUUGCUGGCUUCUUACCCGCAGAGAAGACAGCAAUACUGCGGAAGAAAGCUGGACAAGCUCCACCUCAAUCAGCAAAGCCCUCGAGGCGGUCCAAGGCUGGGACGAGUUCGUCACCGAGCUGAUCAAAGCGACACCCAACCAGACCGUACUCGACUGGAAGCUGAUGUGGCGGAACCCUCAGCCCCGGUCAGCAUCGCCUGGUGGUCGAGUUGUCCAGAUUGGCGACGCCGCUCAUCCAUUCCUACCCACGUCAGCGAGUGGCGGGACUAUGGCCAUGGAGGACGCGUAUUCACUGGCUGCAUGUCUGCAGAUUGCCGGAAGAAAGGGCGUGCCUAUUGCAAGUAAGGUGCAUAAUCAUUUACGGUUCGAACGAGUCUCAUGCGCACAGAAGAUGGGGUUCAAGAACCGCGAGCUAUUCCAUAACACAGACUGGGAUGCUGUUGCGAAGAAUCCUCAGGUAUUGGGUAAAAUGGUAGGAAACUGGGUGGUGCACCAUGAUUCGGAGCAGUACGCGUAUGAAAAUUAUGCGAAAUGUGCCGAGCAUCUCCUCCACGGUGCGCCGUUUGAGAAUGCGAAUGCUGUUCCUGGCUACACGUAUAAGCCAUGGACUGCGAGGGAGCUUCUAGAUGCUGCGGACCGUGGUGAGCCUGUUGUGGAUGAUGGGGACUGGUCUUAG